GUCUUCAGUUUGGUUUGCCGGGUUCCUUUGUGUCAGCGUGGCUGUCGGCUGCGAGAGUGCCUUGAACUUUUGGGUUGAAGAUGCCGGAAAGUAACUUCGCAGAGGGCAGCGACAGAAGCGAGGAGCAGGUGUCUGGUGCUACAGUCAUCGCCCAGGCCCUGAAAACGCAAGACGUGGAGUACAUGUUCGGCAUCAUAGGCAUCCCAGUGACCGAAAUUGCCAUUGCCGCCCAGGAGCGGGGCAUCAGGUACAUCGGGAUGAGGAACGAGCAAGCGGCUUGUUAUGCUGCCUCCGCAAUUGGAUAUCUGACAGGCAGGCCAGGAGUAUGCCUUGUUGUUUCUGGCCCAGGUCUCAUCCACGCCUUGGGUGGUAUGGCAAAUGCAAACAUGAACUGCUGGCCGUUGAUUGUGAUUGGUGGUUCCUCUGAAAGAAAUCAAGAAACAAUGGGGGCCUUCCAGGAGUUUCCUCAGGUUGAAGCUUGUAGAUUAUAUAGCAAGUUCUCUGCUCGGCCAAGCAGCAUAGAAGCUAUUCCAUCUGUUAUCGAAAAGGCAGUUAGGAGCAGUAUCUAUGGUCGUCCAGGUGCUUGCUAUGUUGACAUACCUGCAGAUUUUGUGAACCUCCAGGUGAAUGUGAAUUCUGUAAAGUACGUGGAGUGCUGCAUGCCACCUCCUGUUAGCAUGGCAGACACCUCAGCUGUCUGUAUGGCAGCAUCUGUUAUUAGGAAUGCCAAGCAGCCCCUUCUUAUCAUCGGGAAAGGUGCUGCUUAUGCCCAUGCAGAGGAGAGUAUCAGGAAAUUGGUGGAGCAGUGUAAAUUGCCAUUUUUGCCCACCCCCAUGGGGAAGGGUGUUGUCCCUGACAACCAUCCAAACUGUGUAGGUGCAGCCAGAUCGAGGGCUUUGCAAUUUGCUGAUGUAAUUGUGUUGUUUGGUGCCAGACUAAAUUGGAUUUUACAUUUUGGACUGCCUCCAAGAUAUCAGCCAGAUGUGAAGUUUAUCCAGGUUGAUAUCUGUGCAGAAGAAUUGGGAAAUAAUGUAAAGCCUGCUGUGACUUUGCUAGGAGACAUAAAUGCUGUCACUAAGCAGCUUUUAGAACAAUUUGAUAAAAAACUGUGGCAGUACCCUUCAGAGAGCAAGUGGUGGAAGACACUGAGAGAAAAAAUGAAGAGAAACGAAGCUGCAUCCAAGGAAUUAGCUUCCAAAAAAUCCCUGCCUAUGAAUUAUUACACAGUAUUCUACCAUGUUCAAGAACAACUACCCAGAGACUGUUUUGUGGUAAGUGAAGGAGCAAAUACUAUGGACAUUGGACGCACUGUGCUUCAAAACUACCUUCCCCGUCACAGGCUUGAUGCUGGUACUUUUGGAACAAUGGGAGUUGGUUUGGGAUUUGCUAUUGCAGCUGCCGUAGUGGCUAAAGAUAGAAACCCUGAGCAACGGGUCAUCUGUGUGGAAGGAGACAGUGCAUUUGGGUUUUCUGGCAUGGAGGUAGAAACCAUCUGCAGGUAUAACUUGCCGAUCAUACUCUUGGUGGUGAAUAAUAAUGGAAUUUACCAAGGUUUUGAUUCAGAUACUUGGAAAGAAAUAUUAAAAUUUCAAGAUGCUACUACAGUGGCCCCUCCAAUGUGUCUUCUGCCAAACUCGCACUAUGAGCAGGUCAUGACUGCAUUUGGUGGCAAAGGGUAUUUUGUACAAACACCAGAAGAACUCCAAAAAUCCCUGAGGCAGACCCUGGAAGAUGUCACUAACCCCUCUCUUAUCAACAUCAUGAUUGAGCCACAAGCCACACGGAAGGCCCAGGAUUUUCAGUGGCUGACCCGCUCUAAUAUGUAAAUACAGAUGCCGGUGGGUGGUAUUGAGGAAUUUUCUCUUUUCUGCAAGAUGGAAUUUUAUUUGCCACAACAAAAUUACUAUAAUGUUAAAAUCAUGCAAAGAAAAAUAAAAAAAAAUUUUUAAAUGACAUUUUAUAGUAAAGGAAUUGAUUAAAAACAGAAAAAGUUACCAGUAUUCUACCUCAGAAAUAACCACUUAAAGAUAAAAGAAGUGGAAGAGUUUUAUUAAACAAUAGCAGUGUAACUGCCUAACCACUGAGUUAUUCGUCGGUAUUCUUUUAAGUAAACUCACUGUGGAAGUACAUAUCUUUUAAAACAUCUUCCAAAGAAAAAAGCUCUAGGAGUUGUCUGAUGUAGAGACAUGUUCAGUAAGUUGAAGCACUUAGGCUCUUUCUACUUCAUAUUUUAUCUUUUGACCACUUAGUACCUUAGUCUCCCCCAGGGUUUAGUCGGACUUGUCCUAUAUUUAUGAGGUUUUUUUUUUUCCCCACCCUGGAAAGAACUUUUUUUUUUUUUCCUGGUGGCUGGUUGGUCCAGGGAUCCCGAACCCGUGAUCUUGGUGUUACAAGACUGUGCUUCCUGGAAAGAACUUACUGAGCCAAAGGAGAAGUCACAUCAUACCCAAACUAAUAGUUACAGGGUGUAUUUGAAUUAACAAGCUUAGUUUAUGCAUACCGCAGUAAGACCAAAAGAGUUAGCCUUAAUAUAUAAAGAACUCUUAUAAAUAUGAAAAAUAUUAAUGUCUCAGUAGAAAAAUAGGAAAAGGGCAUGAAUGUAUAAUUCAUAGAAAAAUACAAAUGGUCAACGAAAGUAUGAGUAUGAAUAAAUGUGAAUAUGUAAGUUA